AUGUCCUUUUUCAUUCUCGAGUUCGAUUGGAUUAUCCCUGAAAGGUCCCCAUAUUGGCGCAUGAACCGUAUGGUCUACACAAAUCAUGACCCGCCACCCGGCAGACGAUACUUGCAAGCAAACGUAAGUGGCAACUACACAGCCCCCAGCAUUCUCAAAUACGGCCAUGGUUAUUAUCUCCUCAUCGGACUGCGAAUGAUCGACGAUACCUGGCGUCUUUGUGCGGCAACCGACCACCAAAGCCAACUGCACCAUCGGGAUUGCGCUGAGGCACCACGCUUACGUACAGCACAAGGAGUACCAGGACAAUAUGCAGAAAGCGACAUGUUGACUCGCGUCGCGACUAAAAUCUACAGGGCUGAACAAUUCGGAUUUGGCCUCGGGCGACUCGACCCUGCUAUGUUGGCGCAGCAUGGAGAGGAUAUCGACAACUACGCUUUGCAUAUCAGCAGCGCAGGGACUUGGAGAGUAGGAUGGGGGCGACGCGUGGUUGAGUUCCCUCCUUACCUUGACGCACACGAGCUAAGACUUUUCAUUGACCCGGAUCCAACAAUGCCCUGCAUCGUCAAAAACGAUCUCUGCACCAUCCGAGGGCUUGUUACAGACAUUAAUAUUUCCGUCUGUAAGGGACCGAGCCAUAUGGAUCACAAGCCACUACCACUCGUUAGGUGUGUAAUGCGGGAACCCAUGCCAUCAUUUCUUGCGGGUGCAUGGGUGCAGUUGCGUUCUUUCGACCACCAGGACAACCCGGCGAUACCUACAGGAAGGGGUCAAUACAUCUAUCCUCAAAUUAUUGGCAUGGUUGUUUCUGUGAAAACGGAAGCCGACGGCAGAAACAUCAUGUACAUGUGGCCACCAAGAGCAGUUAUGAUGAGCACUGUUUUCAGCGAGCUUUUGGACAUGUGUGCCCAUGAAUAA